CUUGUAAAAUAUUAUAUCAAGUGAUGACUAUUAUUGGUAAAAUGCGCUAACGCAAAACUGGUAUUUGAACGAGAAAAAGAAGAAUUUCAAUAUUUACACACAGCCGACGGCAAUGCAAAGUGAUAGCGAUUCAGAGGGUGAGUUUUUCGAUGCCUCAGAGUCUCAAAACAAUAGCUUUGAUGCAACCUCAAGUAAGCUUAUCACUAAGCUUGGACAUAAGAAUGAUGGAAAAAACAGUGAACACUGCCAUGAUAAAGAAAUACGUAACAAGGAAAAUAAAAUUUUAUCCCAAAAGAAGCCAACCACAGAAAGUAUCAAAGAUAUUACAAAAGAUAGCAAUCAACUUCAAACACAUACGAUAGAAAAUAAACAAGAAAAUAAUGAAUCUUCAAUACCAGAAUCUUUGACAUUAAAUCCACCAGUUAUUGAGACAAACAAUAUAGAUAGACAGUGUACAAAAGUGAAUAAAUUAGAACUUGAUCUCCAAGAGGAAACACAUAAAAAGGACAUUGUGGAUGUAGUGAAGACAAGAUCUUCUUCAACGCCAUUAUCCCCGGUCAGUGAGGUUUUGAAAAGUGUGGAGACAGGGGGAGUUGGUUUACUAGACAAAGGGGAUGGGGGUGAAGCAGAAAGUCCUGCCCCUGUGGCUCCCCCAAGGAGAAAACGCAAGAAGAAACCAGAAGCAAAAGCUGCCAUUGUAAAGAGUGUUGAGGAUCUUAAGGAUUCUGCAAGUAUGGAUAAACCUGAUCCAACACCAGACAGCUCACAAACUUCACCAAAUCAAACAGUUCCAUUAAAGGUAUGUGGUGGUGCAUCAGAAAAGACAUCAAUACCAGCUGAACUAGGAGUACCAGAACAAGAUGAACUAGGAGUAUCAGAACAAGAAGAUGACCCAGCAAUAACUCUGGAUUACAAGUCAACAGAAAUGAAACAAGUAUUGGAAAAAGCCAGUUCUACAGAGGUUAUUCCAGCCUUUUCUUUAGAUGCCCGUAGAAAGUCGAACUCAGUGACGUCUCUAGGUAGUAGUUGUAACAGAUCUGAUAGUUUCAGAAGUGUCUCUAGUGUAGUAUCCAAUGGUGCAACUCUUAACAAAUCAGGAUCAUCAACAUCAGUUACCAGUACUAAUGCUAUCCAACAUCCUCCUGGAAACUAUGGAAGCCUGGUGAGAGUUAGAUCAGAAUCAGGAAGACCUUUGUCAGAUGCUGAAAUUCUAGAACAAGUGAUCGUUAAGAAUCUUGACACAGGAGAAAGUAUUCCAUUGAGUCUUGCUGAGGACAGGCUACCUAAAGGAACCAAUCCUUUAGCUCUACAUAUCAUGAGACUAACAUCUGAAUACUCAAGUAGUAACUCUAAACUCAACACUAUUGACCAGGAGGAUGGCAUUGAUGUAGGAAAUAAAGUGAAAAAGAAGACGAAAAAACUAAAAAGCUUCCUGGGAAGAACAGUAAAUAAAAUGAAGUCAGACAAGAAAGUGAAAGAAGUUCAACGUGGAGAUGAGAGCUCAUCCAGUGAUGAUGACGAGUCCCCAAGUUCUCCUUUCAUUAAGAUCAAAUCAGCCCAUGGAAAAGGACCUGAGGAAUUUGAAAAACUAAAGCUACUGCAAGACCUGAGUGGUGAACAUGUGGGUGCUAUAUGGACAGUAAAAUUUUCUGUUUGUGGAAGACUCAUGGCAACAGCUGGUCAAGAUCACAUGGUGAGAGUUUGGGUGCUAAAAGAAAAUGAAGAAUACUUUGAAGAAAUGAGAAAAAAAUACUCCAAAACAGGUGGACAGUCUACAAACCCUGAUCCAGAGGUUGAUCAAAUUCUUGAACAUGAUGAACAGGAAGAAUACAGUAGUGAAGAUGAAGCAGAAAAGUCUGAAGAAGGCAAAGAAGAACUGGAUGAUGGUGCAAAAAAGGUUGUAGAAGAAGACAAUGGUCCCUUCAAGAGAAAGCCUUUUUGUACUUAUUAUGGUCACACUGGAGAUGUACUUGAUUUGUCUUGGUCCAAGAAUUACUUCCUUCUGUCUUCAUCCAUGGAUAAAACUGUCAGACUUUGGCACAUUUCAAGGACUGAGUGUUUAUGUUGUUUUCAACACAUUGACUUUGUUACCGCCAUUGUUUUCCACCCUAGGGAUGACCGAUACUUCCUUAGUGGUUCUCUUGAUGGUAAGAUACGUCUUUGGAACAUCCCUGACAAGAAGGUGGCUCUUUGGAAUGAGGUUGAAGGCACAGGCAGCAAUCUUAUCACGGCAGCCAAUUUCUGUCUGCAAGGAAGGUUUGCUGUUGUUGGUACCUAUGAUGGUAGAUGUAUUUUCUAUGAAACUGAGCGUCUCAAGUACCACACACAAUGGCAAGUCUCCCCAACUCGUAAUAAAAGAUCUCGUGGUAGGAAAAUAAGUGGUAUUGAACCUAUGCCUGGUGAAGAAAAGGUGCUUGUAACAUCAAAUGAUUCUCGUAUUCGUCUUUACGACCUGAAAGAUAACUCACUGUCAUGCAAGUACAAGGGCUGUACCAACUCAAGUAGCCAAAUUAAGGCCAGUUUUAGUCAUGAUGGUCAGUAUCUGAUAUGUGGAUCUGAAGAUCAUUUUGCUUAUAUAUGGAGAACUCAACAUGGAAUACCAUCUGCUAGACGAGAUAAAAAUGAAUUUUAUGAAAGCUUUUCAGCACACACUGCUGUAGUUACAGUUGCUACAUUCACCCCAGUUCCCUGGCUCAUUGUGGCUCCAGAUACCAGUGGCAAGCCUGUUACAUCAGAAGUGCUGGUCACUGCUGAUUGGACAGGAGCCAUUAAAUUAUUCGUUAACAGAUGACACAAAAGAUUCUGGGAAUGAAAUAUUUCAUUAGUUUAAUAUUAGCAACAAAUGUAUAAUGAGAAUAAUGUGGGUCUAAUCAAGGGUUUAACGAUUGCAAAUUUAGUUAAAUGCAUAAUUUUGUAUUAUAAUUUGAAUUGACAGAGUGUGUGUAAUAUAGAUAUAUGAAUAAUAAUCCACUUGAGCCUUCGAAUGUGAUGUCAUAAAAUCAUUUCUUAUUAUCAUAUACCUUUUGUUUGAGUUACAGAAAUUCUGUAAGUUUCACUUAUCAAUACUGAAAAGUAAUUGCAUAUAAAUAUUAUUGAUGUACAUCUGACCUUAACCAAGCGGACAAGGAGAUAUUAUCCUAUUCACAUGCACAAAACAUGGUUUUAGAUUGUAUCAGUGUGUUAUGCCAUGUGGUAACUAGAAUGCACUGGGUUGGGUAUGUAUUGCCUUGAACAGCUUUACCAUUUCCCUUCCAAUGCAGCACUGACUGACCUGUCAGUGUCAGGUCAGACCUCUGUGAGGCCAAGGUGCUUCAAGAAAGGUUUGGAUAAAGUUGAAUCAAGUGGUUUCCAGUGACAAACUGCAAGUCAGUGAUCUGGACACAAGUUCUAGGCAAUGCCAUACCACAUAACUUAUUGAUGGAUGUAUUAAUGAUUUUUCAGUUAACCACAAAAUAAUUACCAAUGAAUCUAUUGUUUUCUUUCAUUUAUCAUCAAGUACAAAAUAUCAAUAAUAUAGUUUUUUCUUGCAAACCAUGGAGUAUCACUAUGUGUUCUCUUUGUUGUAAGAAGUAUAGCAUUGUUUACAUUAUAAAGUAUACUGCAAGUGUGAACAAUAAUAUUAAAGUGAUAAACACUUUAUAGACAGAAAAUAAUGAUUAUAGCUACUGAAUGCAGAGGAAGCAUUUUGACAUGUCAAACAUGGUGACCUUUGUGUGAUAAAAUGUGUGUGUUCAGAUGUACUGUAAAAGUGUUCAAAAAGUGUUGAAUAUAAUGUGAUAUAAUGCUUGAAUAAUGUGAAAUCUGAAUAUUAAUAAAAUAAUGCAAAUUGACAA